UUUAAAAAACUCAUUAUCCCCUUUCAAUAAUGGCUAAAAACUCUUUUUUCUACUUUUUUGCUUUUUUCACUCUCCUUUUUUGUAAAAAUUCAUGUAAAGCAACUGAAGAAAUUAAAGUUUAUGAGUUGAAGAAGGGUGAUUUUUCUGUAAAGAUCACAAAUUAUGGUGCUACAGUUCUUUCUGUUAUACUUCCUGAUAAAAAUGGAAAAUUGGAUGAUGUUGUUCUUGGCUAUGACUCCAUUGAUGACUAUAAGAACGACACAACAUAUUUCGGUGGACUGAUUGGCAGAGUCGCUAAUCGAAUUGGAGGAGCAAAAUUUGAGCUGAAUGGUGUGGAAUAUAUAUUACCAGCUAAUGAUCAUGGAAACACACUCCAUGGGGGUAGCAAAGGAUUCUCUAGUGUAAUUUGGACUGUGGAAGAUUUUGAAGAAGAUAGUCAUCUUACUCUUACCUACAAUAGCUUUGAUGGCGAACAAGGAUUUCCAGGUAACCUUUCUGUUGAGGUGACGUACAUGUUCAUUGAGACAAACAAAUUAGCCUUAAUCAUGCAAGCAAAGCCACACAACAAAGCCACACCAGUGAAUUUAGCUUCUCAUAGUUACUGGAAUCUUGGUGGACACAACAGUGGCGACAUUUUGUCCCAAACUAUUCAGAUUUUCGGGUCCAAGAUUACUCCUGUUAAUGAUAAGCUCAUCCCCAAUGGAGAAAUUACCCCGGUUACAGGAACAGGCUUCGAUUUCCUCCAGCCACGGACAAUAGGGAGCAAGUUAAGUGAAAUCCCCGGUGGAUAUGAUAUCAACUAUGUGUUGGAUAAUACUGAGGGGAAGCAUUUACAGAGGGUUGCUAUUGUCGAAGAAAGCAAAUCAGGUAGAAAGAUGGAAUUGUGGACUAAUAAACCUGGUGUGCAGUUUUAUACAAGUAAUAUGUUGGAUAAUGUUAAGGGAAAAGGUGGAUUUGUUUACUCAAAGUAUGCUGCACUUUGUUUGGAGACACAAGGCUUCCCAGAUUCUGUUAAUCAUCCCAAUUUUCCUUCCCAAAUUGUGAAUCCAGGGGAAACUUAUAAGCACAUUAUGGUUUAUAGGUUCACUGCCUCAUAAAAACUUUUAAGAUUUUUCAUAACAAUAAAAGGUCGCUCUUAGUUGUCACUUUGAUUUUAUAUUU